GCCACUGAUUGGCAGAAAAGCCGGAAGGGGGCGGACUCAGCCGAGGCGGGAAGGAAAAGGAUCGAAGUCGGAGAAAACGAGCGAAGAAGCGCUUGGAAUCCUGAGGUAGACGUCCUGAUAAGCCAAUGCGAUUAUGGCAUUACGAACGUCAGAAUACACCAUCGGCGGUGUAAAAAUUCUCUUCCCUUGUAAGGCGUAUCCAUCGCAACUUGCUAUGAUGAACGCAAUUGUGAAGGGGCUGAGCUCCAAGCAACACUGCCUGCUGGAGAGUCCCACUGGAAGUGGGAAAAGCUUGGCCCUGCUCUGCUCUGCGCUGGCCUGGCAGCAGUCGCUCUAUGAAAAACCACUGGAUGACUUGUGCUCAAAAGAAUGCAAGAAGACCGAGGCUUUGAAACUCUGCCGAUGCCCAUGCCAUGCUAAAUCGUCCGGUCAGGAUCCAGAAGGAGGCUGCCAAACCACGUCUUCUUUCUUCCCCAGUCACGCAAUGGAGACCUCACUAGACGGUGGAAGUAGCUCAACCAACAAAGAAAGCGUCUCACGAACUACAUUGGCUUCAAAACUCUCUGCCAAACAGCAAGCCUCAUUCUAUGAAGAUGACAGCGACAAUGAUUUUAAAGUGGAAAGGAAGAGGAUUCGUUCACUUGAAACAGAGCAGCAGGUGAGAAAACGACACCGGCUGACUAUAGGAACCCAGCUAGUGGAUGCUUUGGAAGUUCAUGAACAGCAGAAAAAUGGGGAAUUGACAGUGACUCCCGGAAAAGCAGAUCCUCCCUCACUUAAAACAUUACAGCCUUCCAGUCCCUGCACGACGUGUUCCUGCUCCGCCAUCGAGCAAAACGCCAAAAAUGCUGCUGAGGCCAAGAAGGAGAACGAAAGGGAAGCCAGCAUCCCCAAAAUAUUUUUUGGCACCCGGACUCACAAGCAAAUAGCUCAGAUUGUGAAGGAGCUGCACAGGACGGGCUAUUCAAGCGUUCGCAUGACCAUUCUGUCAAGUAGGGAGUAUUCCUGCGUCCAUCCGAGGAUCUCCCGAGGCAGCAACAAGAAUGAAAAAUGUGCAGAGUUGCUGGAAGGAAAAGAGGGGGUGUCUUGUUCCUUUUAUCAUGGAGCCCACAGGCUUACUGAGCAUCUCUCCAUACCGUCUGCGGGUAAAAAACACCAGGCUUGGGAUUUAGAAGAGCUGGUAAGCUUGGGAAAGAAAUUCCGAUCCUGUGCCUAUUUUGCAGCUCGUGAGCUCAUGGCGUGCGCCGAGAUUGUGUUCUGCCCUUACAACUACCUUUUGGACUCCCAGAUAAGACAAAGCAUGGAAAUUGAGUUGAAAGACCAGGUGCUGAUUUUAGACGAGGCUCAUAAUAUCGAGGACUGUGCACGGGAGUCAGCCAGCUACAGCGUGACGGAAGAACAGCUCAGGCUGGCUCAAGAGGAGCUGGACGCCAUGGUGAACAACAACAUUAGACCAAAGGACCACCAGCCCUUGCGUGCUGUGUGCUACAGUCUGACAAAUUGGUUAAGACGUGCCUGUGGUCAGCUGAUCCAGAGCGGUUACGAGACCUCAAGUAAAGUCUGGAGCGGAAGUCAGAUGGUGACCAUUUUCCAUGAAGUGGGAAUAACGGAUGCUACAUUUCCCAUUUUACAGAAACAUCUUCAUGCUGUGCUCGAAAAGGAAGAAAAGUUCUCUGGGUCAGAAAAACUGGUUUCUGUCCCAGUUAUAAGUCCUUCAACUCAGAUUAUCCUCAAAGGUCUAUUUAUGGUCACCCAGUGUCUGUUCAAAGAAAAUCACAGGUUUGCAGAUGAUUACCGAAUUGCCCUUCAGCAAACCUUCACCUGGAUGAAUGAAAAUCCACCUGACACUCUGGAUAAGAACGGUUUCUUGGCCCGUCCCCGGAAAAAAUUGCGACACAAAAUAGCCGUAAACAGCCUCAACUUCUGGUGCUUGAAUCCAGCUGUGGCCUUUUCCGAUUUGAGCAGCGUGGUCCGAUCCAUCGUUUUAACCUCGGGAACGCUUUCUCCCAUGGAUUCCUUUUCAUCUGAGCUCGGGGUGAACUUUUCCAUUCAGCUUGAAGCGAACCAUGUCAUUAGAAAUUCACAGGUCUGGGUUGGUACCAUUGGAGCCGGCCCAAAACACAGGCAGUUACGAGCAACUUUUCAGCACACAGAAACCUUUGAGUUUCAAGAUGAAGUCGGUGAGCUCCUGCUAUCAGUCUGUCAGACGGUGCGACGUGGGGUUUUGUGCUUUUUGCCCUCUUACAAGAUGCUAGAUAAACUGAAGGAUCGCUGGCUGCACACGAGCUUGUGGGAGAAGCUUGAGCUGAUUAAAAUAGUCAUCGUGGAACCCAAAGGAGGCGACAAAGCUGAUUUUGAUGAGCUGCUUCAAAUAUACUCCGAUGCCAUCAAGUCUCAAAAUGGCAAAGAUGGAGCGCUGCUUAUUGCUGUGUGCAGAGGCAAAGUCAGUGAAGGCCUGGAUUUCUCCGAUGACAACGCCCGGGCGGUUCUCACCAUUGGAAUCCCGUUUCCAAACUUGAAGGACCUUCAGGUGGAACUGAAAAGGAAAUACAAUGAUCAACACUCAAAAGCCAGAGGACUUCUGACCGGAAGCCAGUGGUAUGAAAUCCAGGCCUACAGAGCUCUGAACCAAGCCCUUGGCAGAUGCAUUCGCCACCGAAACGAUUGGGGAGCACUUAUUUUAGUCGAUGACCGUUUUAGAAAGAACCCCAAUAAAUACACAGCUGGGUUGUCCAAAUGGAUUCGUCAUCAGAUCCAUCACUACAAAGACUUUGAUUCUGCCCUUAGCUCUUUGGAUGCCUUUGCUAAAAUGAACCAGAAUGACGCCGAAGUUGCACUUCAGGAUACCAACAGCUCUCUGCUCCUGUCUACAAGUUUAAAGAUUCUGACACCAGUUUCUGCUCCGGAGGGAACUCUUCCUUUAACACCAGGCGCUCUUCAUGAAAGGAAAGCGCAAGUUUCAGUUUUGGAAACAGGCGCUGCAGAACGCAUCGCGACUCGCCCAACAACAUCUGAUUCACCUUUCUCCAUAAAGCAAAAUAAAUUUACAGACUCCACCAGCCCCAUGGGUUCACCUGCUGAAAACAGGAGGAAGAGAGCAAACGGUCGUUUCUCUGCCAGCAACAUAGAAAGUUACUUCAUUAAAAUGCUGAAUUCAACACCAGCAGUAAAGAAGAAUUACGUCUUCAAGGCUACCGGGCCAACAGAAAAAGCAGCGGAGGAAGACGGUCACUCUGUUGCACAUGGACCCCAGCAGAAUAUUUCGUGGGUUGAAGAAGACCAACCAAUAAGACAGUUGCCAGAUGACGAAACGAUUAAUGCUUCUCCAAGAACAGAGAUUAUCUUGAUGACUGAGAAAUGUCCCCACGAAAGGCAGCACACUGGACAUAAAGACUUGGAGAAAGCGGUGUCUUCUCCAAGGAGAGCAAAUGUGGAAUUAUCCAGGUCAGAUCCAGGUGUCAAAACUGAUGCUGGAGAUGACAGGCUCUGUUUUACGCCUGAACUAUAUGAUGAUGAAGAGGUGGUAGAAGAGAAGAACGAAGGCUUGAUUCACAAUUACGAUAGUACUUUGACUUCCUUUGAAACCGCAAACACCGUUCUGGUGGAAGAAUCUUGUCCACCCAACGCUCAAAAGCCGGGAGAUGCCACCUCCAGGUUUAAAGUUGAAGCAGGAGUGGGCCCAGAGUGGUGGGGGAUCACGGAGAACAGCCGCAAUAACAAAAGUGCCAUUGAGGAAGCUGGGCAUAAGGUUGGCAUUGAAGAAACCAUGCGGGAGGAAAAGGGAAAGGAAAACCAGUUUGCUGGAUCACAAAGCAAAGGGCUGAAAGUACAGAGAAGGUAUAAACGAAGAGCGAGGAAGCCAUCCAAUAACAGAAAGGCACACCAACAACAGGUAACCUUAAAGAAUGUGUAGAUCGAAGUGUACGUGUGGAAAUAUUGGUUACCCAGUGAGGUCCAUGUUGUAUGAAACCUUCAGAUCCCAUUAAAUAAAGAUCUCAAUAGAUAAGGACAUCAAUUGCAAGACCUCUUCUGAUGCUCAUGAGUUUCAAGAUUGAACGUUGGCUAGAAACAUUGUCCUGCAUUGUGCAAGACCAAACCGAAGAAGACACGGAAAUGGGAUGGUGUGAGCUUGGUAAGAGCCAUCAUGCAAGUUCUUCUCAUGUGACUUUACUUCCAGGUAACCAAAGGAGGAAUUAGGUUGUGGGGACGCUGACAAUCCCCAAGGUGACAUCUUGAGAAGAAACCGAGUCUUGCUGAUUUGUGAAACGUGGACAAUGACCCAGAAAUAUUUAAGUGAAAUUUUUCUCCUUCCUUUUUCCAACAACAGCUUAUAGCUAACCUUGGAAGGGGGACUGGCCAUUACUACACCCAUUAGUGACUACUUCCCCUUGGGUUCCUGUCACGUAGAACAGUCAUUUAUUCUCGGUUUCAAAAUGGUGCCCUUGCAGUGCAGGGCAGAAUUUCCUCAUGGAAAUUCAUGGAAAUGCAGGGCUUUUCCUGCAAGAAUUGAGGUUCUCACCAUAUAGAAGUGAGGAGAGAAUGGCAAAGAACUCUAUAAUUCUUCCUGGAUUUCACUCCCAUUCCACUGAGGUGUCUCCCAAAGUUGACUCCCACAUUCAUUGUGCCAGCAAGCUAGGAUCCAUAGUUUUCUAAGGACAUCCACGCGGAUGUCUACUUUUGGUUGGCUACUUUGAAGACUUGUGGACUUCAACUCCCAGAAUUCCAUUCUGGCUGGGGAAUUCUGGGAGUUGAAGUCCACAAGUCUUAAAAGUUGCAGGGACUGGUGGACAUCCCUGGUUUUAAAAAUCAGGAUGGUAAAUGGAAUCAAGUAAGUGAAGUCUCCCAGCUUUUUGUAUGUGCCACACACCUAAAAAAGGUCUUCAGGAAGAACCUUCUGCUUUGUUGAGAAGGCUACCUGCUUCUUAGCAUUUUUGAAAGCCUUAAACGUGCAGAUGUUUUGAAUUAGAUUGUAAUUGUUGAUAAUUUUGUAUACCGAUAUGCACCUCUGUAUUUUAUUUUGGUUGAUGUUUUUUACUGUAAAGAACUAUGAGACUUUGGAAAUUGGUGGAAUAAAAAAUCUGCAUUUUUUUUUUUAAAAAAAGAA